CACCAUGGCCCUGACCCUGUUCGAUACAGAUGAAUAUAGACCUCCUGUUUGGAAAUCUUACUUAUAUCAACUACAGCAGGAAGCCCCUCAUCCUAGAAGAAUUACCUGCACGAAUGAGCAGGUAGAAAACAGACCAAAGUAUUAUGGAAGAGAGUUUCACGGCAUGAUCUCCCGAGAAGCAGCAGACCAGUUCUUGAGCUUGGCUGAGGGUAGCUACCUCAUUCGGGAGAGCCAGCGUCAGCCAGGAACCUACACUCUGGCUUUAAGAUUUGGAAGUCAAACCAGAAACUUCAGGCUCUACUACGAUGGAAAGCACUUUGUUGGGGAGAAGCGCUUUGAGUCCAUCCAUGAUCUGGUGACUGAUGGAUUGAUUACUCUGUAUAUUGAAACCAAGGCAGCAGAAUACAUUGCCAAGAUGACGAUAAAUCCCAUUUAUGAGCACAUAGGAUACACAACCUUAAACAGAGAGCCAGCAUACCAAAAGCAUAUUCCAGUCCUGAAAGAGACACUUGAUGAGAAAGAUUCUACAGGCCAGGAUGAGGUGUCAGAGAAAAGGCUGACAUCACUUGUUAGAAGAGCAACUCUGAAAGAAAACGAGCAAAUUCCCAAAUAUGAAAAGGUUCAUAAUUUCAAGGUCCAUACAUUCAGGGGCCCACAUUGGUGUGAAUAUUGUGCCAACUUCAUGUGGGGUCUCAUUGCUCAGGGAGUGAAGUGUGCAGAUUGUGGUUUGAAUGUUCAUAAGCAGUGUUCCAAGAUGGUCCCAAAUGACUGUAAGCCUGACUUGAAACAUGUUAAGAAAGUAUACAGCUGUGAUCUGACAACGCUCGUAAAAGCCCACAUCACAAAGCGGCCCAUGGUCGUGGACAUGUGCAUCCGGGAAAUUGAAUCUAGAGGUCUUAAUUCUGAAGGUCUAUACCGAGUAUCAGGAUUUAGUGACCUAAUUGAAGAUGUGAAGAUGGCUUUUGACAGAGAUGGUGAGAAAGCAGAUAUUUCGGUGAACAUGUAUGAAGAUAUCAACAUUAUUACUGGUGCAUUGAAACUGUACUUCAGGGACUUACCCAUUCCACUCAUCACGUAUGAUGCUUACCCCAAGUUUAUCGAGUCUGCCAAAAUUAUGGAUCCCGAUGAGCAAUUAGAAACCCUUCAUGAAGCACUGAAACUCCUUCCACCUGCCCACUGCGAAACCCUCCGGUACCUCAUGGCGCAUCUAAAGAGAGUGACCCUCCAUGAAAAGGAGAAUCUUAUGAAUGCAGAGAACCUGGGGAUUGUGUUUGGCCCAACCCUCAUGCGUUCUCCAGAGCUGGACGCCAUGGCCGCACUGAACGACAUCCGGUAUCAAAGACUGGUGGUAGAGCUGCUUAUCAAGAACGAAGACAUUUUAUUUUGAGGUUUCCGUUGAGGGCAGGGGAGAAAUGCUUUACAGAUGAAGGAAUGUUUUAUAGUAAUUUAAUUAGCUCUUCUAGCUGAAUUAUUAUUUCUUGGUCAGGGUUUGGGCAGACAACCAGAUCAAUGAAGGAACUUUCUGUUGUUUCUGUAGCACCGCUCAGCUCUCCUUGUAAAACAGUGCACACACGCUUUCCAGUUCUAAUACUCCUGGGUGUUUAUCAUGUUCAGAAAAAUUCAAGAUAUUGCAUGAUUAGCUCCCUGUUUGGUACGGAAACUCCACACAAAGGAGAAGACCAGCUUGCACCGCCUCUUCGUCCUGGGUAGCUGUGGUUGAUAUUCAGCAUGUUUCGCAGCGUAAAUCUGUUGUGCCCUCUUUUUUGGAUUCCAUAUGUCAUUGGUUUCUGAUGCUUCUGUAAACAUGCGCACACACAUAUGCACACAUGGAUAAAAUAGCACUUUGACCUGCUACCUUGCCAUAGACUAGCAUACACCUAUUUUUCUCAAAUGCUUUAUUUCUGCUUUCUCUUAGUUCUUCUCUACCAUAAUACUUUCUUUCCAGCAAUGCAAAAUGUGUUUUCGGAUUUGUUACUUUAGUAAAUUAUCCAUAUCAAUAAAAUUUUAAAAAAUACAACGCAGAGCAUUUUCUGUUAAAUUACUGACUUUCAGUUAUAACCUUGUGCUCUAUUUCAGCAUGCAUUUAUUAAUUUAUUAAAUUUGACAUCUAGAAAUCAAAA